AUGGGCCGGCUUCUGGAUAAGCGUAACAUAGAUCAAGUUGAUCUCACUCUCAGCGAUGACGAACAUGUUGAUCCAGGACGAACUCCCAAGUACCCGCGUGCCAGCAGCCAUGGGCGGCGAUUGGGUGAGAGCACCGUUUUUGUGCCUCUUAGUCAAUCCUCGCAAGCCUACACUGCAGAUGAUGAAGAUGAUGCGCAAGCUGCAGAUCUGGUACAGGGAACUCAAGGUGCCGAUGAUGCCUUGGCUGGGAACUCGAUGCUCUACGGAGAAUUAAACACAAAGAUUGUGGGUGUUCGUUUCUACAAUGGACAUGCGACUCUCGGCGAACAUGUGGUCUUGAACCGACAACCAACGAACCAGUACGACCGGAAUGCCAUCUGUGUGAAUAAUGUCAUGGGCUCUCAGAUUGGUCAUAUUCCUCGUGUCAUGGCGGCCAAGCUGGCGAAGUAUAUGGACGCAAAUUCUUUGAUUAUUGAGGCUAGGUUGACAGGCACUAUUGGGCAGUUUGAUUGUCCCAUUGUUUUGCGGCUUUUUGGACCAAGUGCCCCAGAAAGUCGAGACGAGUUGAAGCGAAGUAUGGAACAGGACAGGCUUCCUCUGGGGGGUGUCAGGCAGAGGGAGCGCGAUGAGCAGAAACAGCAGAAAGAGCGUGCAAAAGCGCAAAAGGAAGUUGCCAAGAUGGCUCGUGCACUGGCGUCGGGCAAAGGACGGCAAUGGGAAACUCAAAAUAACCCCAUGUAUGCCAACCUGUUCGCCGGGGAAGGCUACAACGAGAGUGAAGAGUCUCUGGAAGAUCUUAUCGGUCAAAGUAGCACAUUCAACCCCCGCGAGAUCGGUAAAGUCACAGAAGAAUUUGGUAUGAAUGAAUCCGAUCUGGCAAACAUGCCGAUGACAGAUACUCCGGCAGCUUUGUCGACGGAGCUCCUGCCGUACCAGCGGCAAGGACUGGCUUGGAUGAUUAGCAAAGAAAAUCCUGUCCUGCCUAGCCCUGGAUCCGAAGACGUCGUGCAGCUGUGGAAACGGACCGGUGGUCGAUUCACCAACAUCGCCACGAACUUUUCCACAGCCAUCCAGCCGCCUCUUGCGAGUGGAGGUAUUCUAGCAGAUGAUAUGGGCCUUGGAAAAACGAUCCAGAUUAUCUCCUUGAUAUUGGCGAACCCUCAGCCUAGAAUGCCGGGUGCCUCAAAGUGUACCCUGAUUGUCUCUCCGGUGGGUGUGAUGAGCAACUGGAGAAACCAAAUCCAGGAUCAUACCCGCAGUGAGAACACUCCACGCGUACAUGUAUACCAUGGUACAGGUAAGAAGGAGGCGGCCAAUCUCGAACAGUAUGAUGUAGUGAUCACGAGUUAUGGUGCUCUGGCCAUGGAAUAUAAUCCUGAUGCGAGGACGCCGCCGAAGAGAGGGAUCUUUUCUGUCCAUUGGCGUCGCAUCGUUCUAGACGAAGGACAUACAAUUCGGAAUCCAAGAUCCAAAGGUUUUCUGGCUGCUUGUAACGUGCGAGCGGAUUCCCGCUGGUCAUUGACCGGAACGCCCAUUGUCAACACCCUCAAGGACCUGUACUCUCAAGUCCGCUACUUGGGACUCUCCGGCGGCCUAGAAGACAUGGCAGUCUUCAAUGGCGCUCUGAUCCGGCCUCUUAUGUCUGAUGAUCCCAAUGCGCGCUUGCUCCUUCAAGCCCUGAUGUGUACAAUCUGCCUGCGUCGCAGAAAGGAUAUGGAUUUUGUGAACUUGCGUUUGCCAGCCCUCACGUCCCGUGUUCUUCGGGUCAAAUUCCAUCCUCACGAAGAGGAAAAGUACAAUAUGUUCCAGUCGGAAGCAAAGGGCGUGCUUCUGGAUAUGAGAUCCAAGGAAAAGACUGGCACCACGUACUCUCACCUUCUCGAGGUCAUUCUUCGCCUGCGCCAAGUAUGCAAUCACUGGGCGCUUUGCAAGAAGCGCAUUGACAACCUCACUGAACUUCUGGAGAAAGACAAAGUCGUUCCACUAACACCCGAGAACAUCAAAGCCCUUCAAGACAUGCUGCAGAUCAGGAUUGAGAGCCAGGAGACGUGUCCCGUCUGCCUUGAUGUCCUAGAGCAGCCUAUUAUCACAGCCUGUGGUCACUCAUUUGAUCGAGGUUGUAUUGAGCAAGUCAUCGAGAGACAGCACAAAUGCCCCAUGUGUCGUGCCGAUAUAGAGAACACUACCACUUUGGUGUCUCCUGCUGCUGAGAUGGGCGAAAGUACUGAUAGUGUUUCUGCCGACCCAGACCAUCCAAGUAGUAAGAUCGAGGCUCUGAUCAAGAUUCUGACAGCGCAAGGACAGGCCAGCGGUACAAAAACCGUGGUGUUCAGCCAGUGGACCUCCUUCCUCGAUCUUCUCGAACCUCAUCUCCAUCGCCACGGAAUUGGAUUUGCUCGUAUUGACGGUAAGAUGAGUUCGGCGAGCCGCGACAACUCCACUUACCGAUUUUCCCGAGACCCCAACUGCAUAGUCCUCCUUGCAAGUCUGAGCGUGUGCAGCGUUGGUCUGAAUCUUGUUGCCGCCAAUCAAGCUAUUCUUGCGGACAGCUGGUGGGCUCCGGCCAUCGAAGACCAGGCUGUCGACCGGGUUUAUCGUCUGGGCCAGAUGCGCGAAACCACCGUCUGGCGUCUCAUCAUGGAAAAUAGUAUCGAGGACCGUGUUCUUGCCAUCCAAGAGACGAAGCGUAAGCUGAUGCUUGAAGCGUUUCGCGAAACGUCCAAGAAGAAAAUGGUCGAUGAUAGAGCCACCCGCGUUGCUGACCUUGAGAAACUUCUAUCUUAA